CUCAUUCGCGCUGCUGCGAUUAGAAUCUUGUCCUCGUCCACCCGGACUCCAAGUCUCCUCCGCGACUUGUAGCGCAACUUGCCAACAACCACCGCCGCUGCUGCUGCCACGACAUAUCCCGGGUCGAAGCCAACUUCCAGCCCAACGCACCCGAGCAUCGAUCCACCUGUCGCACCGCUGCGGCGACUCGGCAGCGCCAGCGCUCGCGACGAGACCAGGACAACGCCACCAUGGCCGCGGUUCAGCCAUCAAUGCCGGCUCCAGCGACAAGCACGGCGUCGGCCGCGACGUCGGUCUCGGCGUCUGAUGAUACCAAAGAUGCGGUGCCCAAGCCGGGGGCCUCUGAUAUCCCGGUGCGCACGAAGGAGUCCUUUGACAGGCUGAUGGUCGAGCGCUACACGAUGCGCGACUCCAUCGCCGCGUCUGCCCUCAGCCAGCAACUCAACCAGACAAUGAAAUCGUCCCACGAAAUGCGUGAGAUGAUCAACGAGUACCGAAACGUUCGCAACGGAUAUCAGCAAUGGUUCCCUCCCAGCAGAUUAUACGGCGAAGGCUACAACGGGUACGCCAAUGGAUAUACAGAGAGCCACGGCCCUUCCCGAGUCGUGUAUCCGUCACAGAAGCCUCGCCCCGGUCACCGGUCCACCCCACCCUUGAAAUAUAGCCGAAAGGAUAUGCUCAAGCAGGCAGAGCAGCAUGAAGAUUUAGUGCCGCUGCGGCUGGAUGUGGAGUGGGAUAGAGUUAAGCUGCGCGACACCUUUACAUGGAAUUUACACGAGCGUCUUUUGGCCGUCGAGCUGUUCGCUGCGCAGCUGGUCGAAGACAUGGGCUUGAAACCUCCUGCCUCACAGCCAGUCUAUGAGCAAGUCGUGCAGCAGAUGCGGGAGCAGCUCAAUGACUUUUACCCUUUCGCCUAUUCCGAAGAAGACUCGCUGGACCCAGAGCUCCCUUAUUCCGCCUAUAAGAACGAUGAGAUGCGCAUUCUUGUCAAGCUGAACAUCACCAUCGGACAGCACACCCUGGUCGAUCAGUUCGAAUGGGAAAUCAACAACCCAAAUAACUCACCGGAAGAAUUUGCUGCCAGCAUGACUCGAGAUCUUUCCCUGUCUGGAGAAUUUACAACAGCAAUUGCCCACUGUAUCCGCGAGCAGUCACAGCUCUUCACAAAGAGUCUCUACAGCAUUGGCCACCCAUUCGAUGGCAGACCGGUCGAAGAUUCAGAUCUGGUGGCUGCUUUCCUACAGACGCCCUUACCAACCGUUUUCCGCCCGCAGCAACAAGCCAAGGAAUACGCCCCGUACCUGUAUGAAAUGAGCGAGGCCGAUUUGGAGAGGAACGAAACAGUCUUUUCUCGUGAUCAGCGCCGGCAGAAGAGAUCGAUAAACCGAAGAGGUGGACCGCAGCUUCCUGACCUCAAAGAUAGGCAACGUACCAUCCGUACGCUCAUCGUCUCGUCUGUGCUCCCUGGUGCUGCGGCAAACAUCGAAGAAAGCAGGCUGUACAAGAAGGUGGCAGGUCCUCCCAGGAAGCGGCCCGCCCGUGAUGGUGAGAUAUCAGAGUCCGACGAAAGCGAGGAUUCGGCUCCCGAGUCUCCUGCGCCAUCAAAUUUGGCUGGUACAGCUCGUACAAGAAAUAUGCGUGGUGCUGCAACUGCCGCCCAACAAAGAAUGGCCAACUUGGGCCGGUCAGAAACUCCAGACAUAUCUAGUCAUCAUCAUGAGACUAGGACGUCCCGUCGCGUCCGUGAGGAAACGGAAGAGCGUACGGACUUAUGGGUAACGCUGAGAAUCAACAACAGGGAAAAGCUGAGGCGAGUCAUGAGGGGCGAUUAUCGCGACUUGGCGACUCCCUCAGUACCACCCGAUACUCCUGGCUCAACAUCCAACACGAGAACACCGACCUUCACAGCUCCACCAAAGCCCAAAGCGAUGACACCUGUUCCAGCUCCUAUUUCAUCCUCUUCAGCGCCUGCAACUCAACCAGCAGGCGCUUCAGGGGCCGUUCCUCCUGGCCAGAUAGGCCGCCUGCCCGCGCCGCCGCUCAUUCCCGGCCAAUCUCCUCCCCCAGCACCUCCUCCUCCUGAAUGGCUUGUGCAGUCAUUAAAGGAGCUCGAAAAACAGUAUCCCAACGGCGAUAGGUUCGAGGCCAUCAUGAAAUACUCACAUCUUGACCCGGUCACGGAGCUGCCCAUUCAAACACAGCCCAUGCCGGAAGGCGUUAAAUAUGCUUGGCUUCCUCGCAUCCGCUGUCUGGACUGUACAACAAAGCUUUAUACCCCUGGCCCGGAUAUGACAGCGCAAAAGUUCGAGGCCCAUCUCAAAUUCUCUGGCCAUCGUGAAAAAGUUAGGGCGAGGCUAGCAUCCCAGGGCAAUGCUGGGGGAUCCUCAUCGGCGUCAUAACCAACUUGAUGAAAGCGAGAGCAUGGGGGGGCCGACGAAAGGAGUAAUGGAUGAGCGUAAUAGAAGGGCGUGGAUCUUGAAUAACGUGCUACAUGACAGCCCAGAAGCAAAACUAUGACAACCCUUUUGGUGUUGGUAGAUAUAUGGGACGGCGGAGGAAAGAGAAGAAGAAAGAAACAGUAUGCUAUUGUAUUAAACAGGUGUUGCUUUGGUGUAGAGAAAGGGCCUUUUUCUUCUUCUUGUUUGGAAAGAUUAUUUGUCAAUUUAGGAAAUAAGACGGCGGAUCAGUAAAUAUACUUUGAAGAAGGCUGGCAGUACUGUGAGGCAACUAUUC